CAACAGCCGCCUGGGCGCGCGCCAUGGAACCGUUGGGAGAGCAGGAGCGCGAGCGCCUCUUACACACCCAGAGGCUAAAGGCUGCAGUUCACUACACUGUUGGUUGUCUGUGCCAAGAAGUUGCAGAAGACAAAGGCAUUCAGUUCAGCAAACAAACCAUUGCAGCUAUUUCAGAGAUCACCUUUAGGCAAUGUGAACAUUUUGCAAAAGACCUUGAAAUGUUUGCAAGGCAUGGAAAACGAACUGUAAUCAAUUCAGAAGAUGUGAAGCUUUUGGCCAGGAGGAGCAACUCUUUGCUAAGGUAUAUCACCCAGAAGAGUGAAGAGCUUGCAUUGAAUAAUCUGGAACAAAAGGAAAGGAAGAAAAAGAAGUCCAGCGCAGCAAAAGGAAGAAGAACCUCUGAUGAGCAGGUGGAGGCUGCUAUGGCUGAGAGUGAGGAUUCCAACAUGGCGUGA